AGAUGCAGAUAUCAAAGAAAAUAGAGCUGCAACUUUCCAUUAUCUGUGUUUUAGUUGUUAUAAAUCUAUAUCCUCUCAAUGACAAUGUUAAUAGAGAAGUGGUUGAAAGUGUUGUAGAAUCAACACCAUAUGGACUAGGGCUUGGCAUAAAGAGGUUGCAGAAGGCGCGACUGAGCGAAAACACUUGUUCUGUGGUUGAUAAUUUGGACUUGAGAGGAUCAAAAGUCCAAGGAAGAAAUGGAAAUGCUCUCAUGGUCAGGAGAGAAGAAUUCAUUUAUUAUGAAUUCACCUAUUUGAGUGACACUAUUUCAACUUUUUUGCUAUCAAAUUUCACAUAUCUUGGAUUGCCUUAUGACUCUUUUAACUGUUUAAGUGGUCCCGUCCCAAUAUCUUUGUUAUCAAACUUCACAUACCUUGAACUGCAUUAUAAGUGUUCUAAUCGUUUGAAUAGCGUCGUCCAAAUAUAUUUGCUAUCAAAAUUCACAUCUAUUGACCUGCAUUAUUACAGUUAUAACUGUUGGAAUGGUCGCAUGCCAGCAUCUAUACUAUCAAAACUUAGAUAUCUAAGGGCCAGAAAUUAUGACCAAAAUGGGGAAUAUUUGAGUGGCUUCAUACCAAAACUCACAUAUGUUGACAUGUCUAGGUGUAGUAAGUCGUUUAACUGUUCUAUCAAAUCAAUGCCGGAUUGUUUUGACCCGACGAUGUCCGUACAUCUGCAAUCAUCUAAAAACAAUUUGAGCGGCCUCAUUCCAACACCUGUGGCAUUAAACAGGCCCAGAUAUCGUAACCUAUCUAAAAACAAUUUGAGCGGCCUCAUUCCAACAUAUAUGAUAUCGAAAAGAUAUCUUGAAUAUGACGAAUCUCCUUACAGUAGCUUUCAAAUUGAGUGGGAGGAAUUUGCUGAAAUUUAUCCUCUUUCUCUCGGUUACCUUUCUGGUGUUAAUGUUUACGAUGACUCUCGUCGUGUGAUGCUGAUUCCUAAGGAAAAGGAGGAAGCAAGUAUAUGGACAUUCAUGAAGCCAUUCACUCCAGGAAUGUGGUGUACAAUAGCAGGAGUUAUGAUAUAUACGGCACUUGUGGUGUGGCUUCUUGAGCAAAAACUAAAUCCUCUCCUCUAUAGAGAAAUGUCCACAAUGGAGGUCUUCACUCUCAUCUGGUCUGCAGUCUCUACGAUGUCCUUAUCUCAAAAUGUGAGGAUUCAGAGCAAUUUAGCUCGAGUUGUUAUUGCAAUUUGGCUUCUUGUGAUGUCCAUCAUUGUGACCACUUAUUCGUCCAAUUUCACUUCGAGGCUGAAUGCACAAGAAACGCCCAAGAGUUUAGGCGUGAAGGAUUUCUUGGGCUGGUUCAUAAUCACAGUAUCCGUAUCAACGUUGGUUGUAAUCGUAUUCCUCUUCAAUCUCAUCUACAGCUCGGGGACCGAUCCCAACGUUAUUGGGCAAGAGACCGAUCCGGCUUCCCCUGAUCCGCUCGAAAUGUUACCGCCUAACGAUGAUCCAGAAGAGCAGUCCUCUGUAGAAAGAGCCACUCUGCAGACAAUGAGAAUUAGUAAUAUUAGUAACUCACAAGAAAACGCACUGGUCGAACCUUCCUCAGUUUACAUCCCUCACAUUGCUGAUGAACCUGGGUCCAUGGAAGACCAAAAUAUAUAAACAGUACCAGUAGCACUAUGUCCCUAUGAACACUAAUACCUCUCUAUUUCAAUGUUUUUAUUUUUGAUUAAGUGCUUAUAUUAUUGAUUA